AUGUGUGUCACACGGACGUGUGACCGCGCUGGCACCAACGGGCACGCGUGUCAUGCGGCGGCCGGAGCUGCUGCCCGGGACGGUCUGAAGCCACUUACUGACUCCGCGCUGACAAGCCUGCCUAGUAUCUCGGAGCUGUCACAAGUUAAAAACAGCACGACAGCGCUGGCGUCUGCAGGCAGUCAGGAGGAGAAAUUCUCGGGGCUGUCUGUCUUCUUUUCCUACAGAGUUUGUCAAAAUGAAGAGAGGAACCAUUCCACAGAAGAACUUAGUAAAUCUGAAAUCCAGGAGGAGAUUAAAAAGGCUAAUAGCCUUCCUAGUUUGACUCCUGCAAUCAAAACAGCAGAUAAAGAUAAGCAACCCCGAGAAGGUUUUUUUCAUUUUCUUGGAAGCUUGUUUAAUAUUGCAACAAAAUCAUCUUUGGUCGAAUCUAAACCCUCUGCCUUCCAAGAUGAACCCAACAGAUCUGAAAAGGAUUUACAGAACACAGAUAAUCUUCCAGAGGAUGUGCCGCCAAAGCAUCCAGAAAUUGAAGCGCCUGUCUGUUUAACAGCUAGAAUAAAAGAGGAUUCUGUAAAUAGAGAUGAUGCCAUCUUCAGUAGUGUUGGGAAAGAUAUCUCGCAGGAUCUGCAAGGAGGCCAGAAACGAUCUGCAGAUGCACAAAAUUCCCUUAAAAUGAGUUCUACAAAUGAUUUGGUGGGAAAAGAAUCUGAACUGUUGGGAGAUGCAGAAGCUCUGUUUCAGGCAAACCAAAAUGCCGCUUCUAACUUGCAUAAUCACUGUAGUAUAGCAGCUAGUAAGGAGUCAAUAAAAAAAAUGCAGGAUUCUUGUUUACAUUCACCCAAAUCAAAAGAUAAGACAGUUAAUGAAGAACUACAGUUGAGGAAGGGAGAACGUUGCUGUAAUCAUCAAAUAGGUAGUCACUCGGAGCUAACAUCUGAUGUCCAGAUGCUUCAUUCCAGUAUCACUAUAUCUCAGCAGCAAGCAGAUCAGCAUAUGGAUAAUGGAAAAAAAGAUAGUGAUCCAAGAGAUUGUGAUACACAGAAAAUUGUGGCACCUGUAGAAAGAGAGCAAAAUCCACAGAAACUUCUUGCUACUGCUAUUUUACCUUUUAGUGAACAAAUAUCCUCUUCACUCAGUAUAGAGUCCAGAGGAGAAAAAUGUAUAGCUGCAGGUUGUUUUGUUGCUUCAGCGUCAUCUUUUAAAAAUGAUAAAGACUUAGUCAUGGACAGGGGGACUUGUAAUGAAGAACUGAGUGCAUUAGGGAAACCUAAACACAUACAAAAUGAUCACCGGUUAAUCCUUGCAGAGAAUUCCAAAGAUACUGCCCCACCAAAGACUGGUUUACUUUGUCUAGAAACUGAGGAUGUGGAAACAAUGAAGGUUUUAUCUGAAGUUGCAGUGGAGAAUAGUGCCAAUGUAUUAUCACGCAUAAAUGGGUUCGAGAGUGUGAAAUCUAACCUUGAUGAGCUGACAGCACCUCUCUCUGUUACUUUCGAGUCUUCUCUUGACACUGGAGGCUGUUGCUCAGCUUCUCCUCAUCCUAGCUGCAAGACCAAAAAUAAAACUAUAGGGAAAAGAGAAGUCAAUUUAAAAGAUGUGAGGGAAACUAGUUUUUGUCCUGACCUUGAAUGUGAGAAGAGCAAAUGCUUCGAGCCCAUGGAGAGGAACCUCUUGGAAAACUCAGUUCCCAUCCACAACUGUGGUCCUGUUUCCCAUGAAACUGACCAAGACAUUCCAGUAAAGGCAUUAGUGAAACUCAGAGAAGAUAACGCAGCAAAGCCUGCACGUUGCCCUUUAAUCAGCAUUGACAGGACACAUGAUCAUAUUCUUGAUACUUCUGAAAUCGACAAGGCUGGUGUGACUGAAGUUGCUCUUGUUCCUUCUGAUUGCAACUCUGAACUUUCCUCUCCUAUUUUUAAGUCACAAGAAAACAUUCUAAAGGUUUCUCAUUCUGCCUUGAGGUAUGGAGACAGACCUUUGACUAACCAUUCUGUUUUAAUCUGUGAAAAAGACAUUGAUUUAGACAUCACUGCUGAAUCUCCACCUGUUUCUGAAGAUAGGUGUAUUAAUUUUUCUUCCAAGAAUGACAACAGUAGUAAACCUAGGAUACCACCCACAGUACUUGAUUCUUCAGCUGACAACCAAGGAAAAAUGCCUUCUCCAUCCACUAGCUCUGAAAAUGGCCAGAUUGCUAGAUGGCCUGCUGCUUCUGUACAGGAUAGCUUAAUUUUCCCAGAUGGUGAGUUUAGGAGAAUAAUCCCUGAGGUCAGAAUAACGGAGGCGUCACUUCGUUCAGGAGGCCUGAGAGCUUCAUGCCCAGCUGGUUCUCUUGGACCUGAGCUUACUCUAACUGUGCUUGAUUGCUAUACUACUGAACUAGAUGUGGGGGGUGUUUGCAUCCCCAGGCACUCUUCACCUACUCUGGAAUCUAGAGAAGCCUCCAGUCUUUCCAUUUCUGGCUUGGAAACAUCAAGCAUUGCUGAGGGGAGCAGCUAUUCCUCCAGUGGCGGUGAUGGGGCAGAGGAGGCCUCCUCCACUCAACAGGCUGAGAACAGUGUCUUGGCACAAGCAAUGCCAUCACCCACUUUGAAGUUUCUGGAAAUGGCAUCUGAGUCAGCCUGUACUGAGAGUGGAUGUAGAAAUGCUGUAGGACAGGCGAAUCUUGGUAGCCAUGCUUCUGCUGUCUUAGAAGCCCCUUCUGUGAUGGAUGAUCAAACAGCUGCUGCACCUCCAGAGUUAAAUGAGCUCCGUUCUGAGGAAGUACAGGAAGAUACUGAUGUGAAGGGACAAGAAUGUGCCAAAUUAAAAUAUGCUGCUGUUUUGUUUAAAAAAGCUGAAGAAAUAGUGGACUCAGUUUUACACUUAGCUAUAGAAGAAAUCAUAGCAAAACAAGCCAUUAGUGUCUGCCAGCUUUGUGGGAGCAAGGGUGGUUUAGUAAAUAUGGAUAUUCAAAAUGUUCAGAAGGUUGAAACUGUACAGCUAGAAGCAGAAGAAAUCCAGUCAGCUGUGCACUCAUUUAAACAUUUUAAGGAGAGCAGUGGAGGAAGUUCAUCUUCAUUUACAGGAAAUGAAACAGUGGAUACAAAUAACCAAGAUGAAAAGAUAUUAUCUUACAUCCCUGAUAAAAUUGACCUACAUAGUGCACUAGCACUAAAAGCCAAAGAAAUAAUUGAUGAAGUCAUUAACUCAGCCAUACAAAAACUGGCAUCCCAUCAGUGGCAAGGCAGUGAGAGUAAGAGGCCUUUUGAAGAAAUUGAGCCUAAACCUAAGGCUGAAACCCCAAAUAUGUUAAAGCUGGAUAUGAAGUUACCUGCCAAAACACAAAAACCAACAGAGAAGAUGGAAGCUCGAAGUGUAGCUGAGAACUGUGAAAAGGUGGAUUGCUCAGGUUCUCCUUUACUUGCAAAUAGUAUGGAAAAUUGUAUAGAUUGGCCCCAAAGGGGUAAAAAGAUACCAAAUAAUGCAUUUGCGUAUCAAACAAAUGGAUUUCUACCCACGGAUAAUUCAGAAAGGCCAGAGUUUAAUCUUAUUACACUAGCAAAAGAGAGACAUAAUGGAAAGGUGUGUGAACAUCUGGCUGCAGCAGAGAUAUGUGGCAAAGCUGGAUCAUCAGCAACUAGUGGAAAAUCUGAUGGAUCUUUACAUGUAAUACAUAGAGAUGCUCCUGUGCCUGAAGAGACUCUUCUGCUAUCACAGUUAAAAGAUUCAUGCAAUAAUAUGAAUACGCCUGAGUGCACUUUGCUGCCAGCUGUAAAUGUUAAUUUGUCAUCUUCUGUGCCUGAUGGAGAUUCACUCGUCAUGCAGAGUGAAUCCAAAGACAAAAGCAGUCCUCAGGGGUCUCUGAGAAGCAGUGCAGAGUACAGUCCAUGUGAACACUGUGGAAAAGAGGCUGCAGACGAAGUACCUGCACAAGUAAAAGAAACCUUAGAAGAUUCAAAUGGAGUGGAGAGUAAAAAGGAACUAACAGAAAGAGUGAGUGAGAAAACAGAGGUUAAUAUUGGAUUAAAUACUCAGUUCAUUGUACCUGAAUUGUCUGUUACUGGAGAGGACAGUGACAGGGAAAACAACUUCAACACAGUCUCUGCCCAGAAUAAUGAGAAUCUGAAGCAGGUACAAGUGAAGGAUCAAGACAUGAAUAGAGAGGAUCAGCUUGAAGGGAAUAGUCUGGACUGCAGCAAUGACAUGAAGGAAUCAGCAGAUCUUUUGGCCUUUUCUCCAUUAAUUGAACAGUGGGAAAACAGUUCUUUUACUAUCAUUUACGAAGGUGCACUUCAAACCGAGAACAAAUCUGUCUCUGCCAAUGAUAAGCAAGCUGGUUUGCUUUCUUCUUCUGAUUUGCCUUCAGAUAAUCUAGAUUAUUUAAUGUGUGACAGAGCAAAGAAUAGACAUGAGUCAGACUGUGUUUAUGGCAAGGAUAACAAGUUGAGUGAAGCAACAGCUAGCUGUAGCUCAGAGUCGUUUCUGAGCGUGGAGGCCAAGCGCUAUAGAGUAUAUCCUUUCUCUUUGUCUCCAAUAUAUGAAGAUGACAGCUCCCAGGAAGACCUACUUUCCACAGACAUGUCUCCAGAGGGCCAUCCUAGUGGAAUAUCAAAAGAUAACACUGACCACACUUCUGUGCUUUCCCUUCUCCAGUCAGUUUCUGAGCGCUUACAAUUUACUACUCAGUUCAGUAAAGAGGAGGAGGAGGAGGGGGUGGAGGAUGAGGAGGAAGAAUCAACAUAUGAGGAAAGUAUGCUUGAUGUUGAAAGAGAAGAUGACUGUCUUUCCAGUCAGUGGAGAGAACAUUUUAAAACAACCCUUCAAUCUAAUGACCAAAAUGGGUUAUUUUUUCCUGAACAACCAUUUUUUCUUCCAAAAGAACAGCUUGACUCUAAGGAGCAACCAGAACUGUUUCCAGGUGCAGCUUCUUCAAGUCAAACAUCUUGUGAGCCAGUUUCACAGAAAGUUGAUGAUACUCUAAAGCAUUCUCCUACAAGUGUGUACUACCAGUAUUUGAAAUCUGCUAGCAAUACCUCCUCUGAGAAGGGUACCAGAUUUGGAAGCAUUCUCCAGGAUAUGUUGCAGCCAAAGAUUCAUUGGUCUCAAGACAGCAAUGUGCCAAACCUACAAGAAUUGUCGACGAACCUCGUUGACAGGGCAAGUCUCAAAUACAAUCCAAGACCGGGAAAGAUUAUCAUUUAUGAUAUUUCUGCUGACAAAAGUAAACAAGAAGUUAAUUCUGAUAUGCUAGAUACCACGUCCUGGAUCUUUCCCAUUGGAGCAUUACUUAGGAUAAUUAGAGGAUGUUGGAUUUUUUAUGAGAAACCAAACUUCCAGGGUCAGAAGUAUGUCCUAGAAGAAGGAGAGACUGUGCUGGAUCACCUUUGGGAUCUUCCAGGAGUGAAAUAUGAUCAAAGAAACCUCACAGUUGGUUCAAUCAAACACGUAACAAAGGACUGUCAUGUUCCAGAGGUAGAAUUCUGUGUGGGAGCCACGACAGAGGGACUACCUAUCUGCAUACAGAGUGCAGUUGCCAAUUUAGAAGAACUGGAUUUUGAGAAAAACCCUUAUAUAAGUGUCAAAUCAGGAGUAUGGCUUGCUUAUUCGGACUUAAAUUACAAGGGAGAGAUGAAGGUUUUGCAAGAAUGCGACUCACUAUCUGAAAUUCCUUCAGCAGAUGUGAAAUCUCUGCGUCCCUUAAAAAUGGGUGGACUAAAGGUACAGAUGCCAAUGAAUGUCAAGAUUAUAAUAUAUGAGAAAACUCACUUUGGAGGGUGGUCCAAAGAGUUUUCAGAAAACAUCAGUUCUGUCCCAGCUCUGUUUGGUAGUGAAGAGGAGUUUCAGGAAAUUGGAUCAAUACGUGUAAUUGGUGGAGUAUGGGUUGCCUAUGAUAAAGAACGCUACAAAGGCCAUCAGUACUUGCUGGAGGAGGGAGAUUAUGAAGACAGACACUCGUGGGGGGGAACUGACAGUGUCCUCCUGUCUUUUCGGUUCCUUCAGGCUGAUUUCAUAGAGUCAUCAGUGGCACUUUUUCAGUCUGAGGAUGAAGAUGGGAAGGCAUUAGACAUUGUCAACGAAGAAAUUCCUGAUUUGGAGAUGGCUGGAUUUGGCCCAGAGACGGGAUCGAUUCUUGUGAGAAGUGGAGUGUGGGUCGCAUAUCAACAGAAACAUUUCUGUGGAGAGCAAUAUGUGUUGGAGAAAGGAAAAUAUAAAUGUUUCUUUGACUGGGGAGGAUCUAGUAAAAUCAUCUUGUCAAUUCGACCUAUCAAGUUGGAACCUCUUGGAAUGAAUGAGCCUCCACAUUUGCUCAAAGCUUUCAGUAAUACACAUUUCCAAGGAGCAUGUAUAGAUUUCACAGCAGAAGUUUCUGAUUUUCCAUCAUUCAUACCAUGUUCUUUUAAGGUUCUUCGGGGAUGUUGGCUCCUGUAUUACCGAGGGGAAAUCACUGACAAUCACUGUGUGCUGGAAGAAGGCCUCUAUGUUGACCUCAGUUCCUGUGGCUGCCCGACUGCUACAAUCAAAUCCCUCAAGCCUAUUCAAUACGUUUUUGCUGAGCCCUCCAUCAGUCUGUUUGCUCUGGAAUGCUGCAAGGGCAGAGAGCUGCACUUCAGUGAACCCAUCAAUUCUGUUUUGAAUGAGGACCUUCAUUUUUACGCUCAGUCUGUGUGGGUGAGAAGUGGAUUGUGGAUUGCAUAUGAGGGAUGUAACUUUUUAGGAAAGCAGAUUCUGCUGGAGCCCAGUGAGAUUCCAAACUGGAAUGAACAUAGUGGCUGGAAAGUAAUUGGCUCCCUUCGUCCUAUGAAGCAGCCAGCAGUGUACCUCAGAGUGAAGAACCGAGCCCAAGGUAAAUACCUGACGGUGGCUGGAAGCCUUGGAGAUAUAAGGGCAGCAUCAGUGUGUGUGUCCCCAUACAGUGGCAAGAGUAGCCAGAUCUGGCACUACUCUCAUGGACUCUUCAAAUCCAAGGCUAACAAUGCCUGUCUGGAUGUCAUUGGUGGCAGAGAUGUGCCAGGGGCCAAAGUAGCACUCUGGACAGAACAUGGGAAGGACAGACAAAAGUGGAGGCUCAAUGAGGAUGGAACCAUCAGUUCAUACCUCAGUGACCAACUGGUGCUUGAUAUUAAAGGAGGGAAUUACUAUGACAAGAAUCACAUCAUUAUGAAUCAGCCAGUGGAUGACAAACAUUCACAAAAAUGGGAUAUUGAAAUAUUGUAAAACCCACCACAUAUGAAUCUUAUGUGACUUAUUAACACCU